UGGUAUAUGCCUGUAAUUUCAGCUCUUGGGGAAGAUCAAGAGUUUGAGGCUGCCUGAGAUACAGGAGACUAUGUUUAUAAACAAACAAAAACAACAGUAAACAAAGAAAAUAGAAAAUGCCCUCCCGAACAGGUGCACCCUAAUGACAAUUCCUGUAUCAUUUCAGGAUACUGUAUGUAGAUACAAUAUCCAGUUGAAAUUAAUAAUACUGUUACAUCCUAUUAGCAAAUUAGUUUGAUUUUUUUUAGUAUUUGAGAUUAUGGGAUACAUCUACAAAAUACAGAGUGUCACCAGUCUGUAGCCACAGAGGUUUAACAAAUGUUGCCGUUUUCUACUGACACCUUGUUCUGGGUUGGUGGGCGCUGGAAGAAUCCAGUUACUACAGACCAUCGUAGUAGACAUUAGUGCUUUAGGUAAUGCGGAUGCAGCAGCUUAUAUAAUCGGUGCAGACACCAUACCCCACUUUGUACGUUUGCCUGGAGGACAGUCUAAGGGGAGACCGAUGUCUGCUCCAUCUCUUCUCUCAGCUGUGUUUCCUGGGUGUGUGAUACUUUGUUGUUUGUCUUUUGAAGACAAGGUCUCUGUAGCUAUGUAGACCAGUCUGUUCUCGAACUCACAUUGAUCCACCGGUCCUGGUGGAGUGACUCUCCUCUAGGGUACAGUGGACUCCUUGUCAUAAUCCCUAGGCUCACACGUGUUGGGAGGCAUAGAGAACUAAAGUGCAGAAACUUCCCUAGGUUUGGUACAAGGGAUUCCAGCUCUUCCUACUACUGCUGAACUAGAGUCUCUCCACCCCUUUUCCCGGGCCGCGCUGGAGGCGGGGUGGCGAAAUGUUUCUGUGACGUCAUCAUACGCAGGACCAAUCCCCCUGCCCGGGAGACGUUAAAUCAUUUGCAUGGGUCCUCAGCCAUUGGUCUCUUCAGCUAUCUGGGUUGUCCCAGCUUUUUAAAGGCGCCGCGAAACGGAACAGAAAACGAGAGUCGAGAGGCGAGGUGAGCUAUGAGGUCAUCGCAGGCCUGCAGGGCUCGGGAGUGACGUCAUCUCCGGGAAGUGUGCUUGCUGGGCUGAGAGCGGUCUUCUCACCUCGGCUGCCUGAGAGGCUGCGUGCCCCACAAAGGCCGCGGCCCUAAUAAGGGUUGUGAGCCCCGGUCCAGCCCCUCCAUCUCCCUGCCCUCCUGAUGAGGCCAUGGGCUCUGGCAGUGACUAAGUGGCCGCCCUCUGCCCCCGUGGGUCACUGUCGAGUCUCUACGAGACCUAGCAGCAGCCCAGGCCAGCUCUGGGGAAGCCUUGGCCACGAGGGGCCCCUGGCCAGCCCACCUGCCCAGGAUGAGCGCUUACCCUCCCAGCAGCUGCUGCCCCGACCGCCACACCUCUCUGUAGAGGAGCACCGAGCUUCAGAAGCUCCUGCCGGCAGGAGCCCCCGAAUGCUGCACCCAGCCACCCAGCAGAGCCCGUUCAUGGUUGAUCUCCACGACCAGGUGCACCAGGGACCUGUCCCUCUGUCCUACACAGUCACCACAGUGACAACCCAAGGCUUCCCUUUGCCUGCAAGCCAACAUAUCCCUGGCUGCAGUACCCAGCAGCUCCCAGCAUGCUCCGUGAUGUUCAGUGGGCAGCACUACCCCCUCUGCUGCCUCCCGCCUCCGCAGCUGAUCCAGGCGUGCACCAUGCAGCAGCUCCCCGUGCCCUACCACACCUACCCCCACCUCAUCUCCAGUGACCACUACAUCCUUCACCCCCCACCACCGGCCCCGCCGCCCCAACCUACCCACAUGGCCCCGCUUGGGCAGUUUGUAUCCCUGCAGACCCAGCACCCACGUAUGCCCCUGCAGCGGCUGGACAAUGAGAUGGACCUUCGAGGAGACCAGCACCCCUUGGGUAGCUUCACUUACUCCACCUCUGCCACUGGCCCCGCCUUGUCGCCUUCAGUGCCCCUUCACUACCUACCCCAUGAUCCACUGCACCAGGAGCUGUCCUUUGGUGUUCCAUAUUCCCACAUGAUGCCACGAAGACUGAGCACACAAAGAUACCGCCUGCAACAGCCGCUGCCACCACCCCCACCGCCGCCUCCGCCAUCGUAUUACCCAAGCUUCCUCCCCUACUUCCUUUCAAUGCUGCCAAUGUCACCAACCACCGUGGGCCCUACCAUCAGCCUGGAUCUGGAUGUGGAUGAUGUGGAAAUGGAGAACUAUGAGGCUCUCCUGAACCUGGCUGAGAGGCUGGGAGAUGCCAAGCCCCGAGGCCUCACCAAAGCAGACAUAGAGCAGCUGCCGUCAUACCGCUUUAACCCUGACAGUCACCAGUCUGAGCAGACGCUGUGUGUGGUCUGCUUCAGUGACUUCGAGGUGCGGCAGCUGCUCCGAGUUCUCCCCUGCAACCACGAGUUCCAUGCCAAGUGUGUUGACAAGUGGUUGAAGGCCAACCGGACCUGUCCCAUUUGCCGGGCGGAUGCCUCCGAGGUGCCCAGGGAGGCCGAGUGAGGCUCCACAGCCACCCACAAGAGCCCUGCCCAAAGCUCCGGAGAUGGGUGGGGGGAAGCAGGGAGUGGCCCAGGGAGAACUGUAAGGGAGGGGCCAGGCCUGUCAGCGUUCCCACCUGCUACUCCAGAGCUGGUGCCAGGGUCAGCCCUGGAGAAGCCCCUGCAAUAAGCCCCUGCGUUUGCCAAGCUCCAAAGACUCCUUCCCCCGUCUGCCUGCCUGCCUGCCUGCCUGCCCGCCAUGGAGCUGUCUGAGUGUCCCCAACUCAGUCUGCCUCUUAGUUACCCCUGGGUCCUUCUUCCUGCUGGCUCUGGGAGGCAGGAGUCCAUUGCCCAAGUGUGGUGGCUGGUGUGAUUCCUCAGGCCCCAAAACGGGGCAAAGGAAUGGCCACCCUGGGUCAACUGGUCUCUUGUACUGAAGUGAAGUGUCCUUCCCUGCCCUAGUGUCCUGCCAGGUGUGUGGGCAGAGUAGCCAGAGACAUUUCCUCAGUUCUCCUGUUUAACUCCAGACAGACUUAGGCAGUCAGCUCUGCCGCUGUGCGGGGUGGGUCUGACCCCCAGGACCCUUCCUUACCCCAGGCACAGCACUCCAGCCCACCCUCCAGGCUGGAGAGUGUCCCAGCCAGGCUCCAUGAGCAAGUGGGAAGGGGCUCCAAUGGAUACGUUGUGUUCUGCAGUAGCCGAGCCACGAUCUGGGCAUGUCCUUGUGUUCCUGGUGGCUACCCCUUCACCAGUGACAAUGUCAGACCCAUGCUCGAUCUUCCCCUCUGUCGUUUUGCAUGAAUGUGAGGAACAGCAGUUUUUGUUUAUUCAUUUGGCCCAAAAUUGCGUGUAGGGUGUGGAUAUUUAAGAGGUGUUUGGUUUUUAUUAUCUUGUUUUCCCUUUGGUGUAAUAGGAGUGGGGGCAUAGGGACCGACCAGGACCAAAUGCCCAUGGGGCAGGGUAGGGUCAGGUUGUGCCACACCAGUCGUCCUCAUGAGUGCGGCUGGGACUGCGCUGGGUGGCUGGAAGUCACAGGGCAGAGUUGGGGGGUCUGUGCUCAGCUGAUAACUGCCAUGCACUGUACUGCACAUGUCCCUAGAGCCUCCCGGGACCGGCUGCUUUUCAGGGCAUCUCCUCUCCAGCCAGGGCCUGUGUCCCACCUGCCUGGGUGAGUCUCCUAGCAAUCCGGUGAGGACAGGGAUCAGGGAGGGUGUGGACCUCCACCUCGGGGCCCCUCCCAGCCUGAUUCCUGCCCUCCGAGGUCUGGAGGAGGCUGUGUUCCUUACCCUCCCUCCAGGGCCCUUCCUUUUCCCUUCCUACCGCCAACCAACUGGGGUUGCUGCCCGGAGUGAAGGAACCGCGUGUGGGGCCGGCACAUCCUAGCAGGCAGCCAUUGGCGCCUGCUGCCUCAGGGAUGCUCCAACCACCCUCCUUCUCACAGCAGCCCUGGCUCCCUGCCUCCCGCCCCAGCGCUGCCAGGGCCCCAUUGGCCUGCUCCCACCCCACAAGAACCCAAAGUCUUACUGUAUAUAACUCCAGGUGAUGUUUCUAUAUUUAUAGCAGUGUUGAAAAUCCACGUGUUUUACACAGAGAACCACCUUCUCCAACCCCCAUCCCUUCCUCACCCCAAAAAAGGUUUUCAAACCCUUGUGGUUCCUGGGGCAGCGGAAUCGGCUCAUGGAUUGUGUCGGCUGCGGUGAGGAUUCCAACAAGCAGCUACUAGGGGGGAAUACACCUUUUCUUUUUAAUCAUUUAAGAAGAUUUAUGAAGCAAUUACUUAGGAUGUUUGUGAUUUGCCGACCUUGCUGUAGAUGCCAUGUUACCAAUGAUCUCCUGUGGUGGGGGCUGGCAUUGUUUACUCUUUAUUUACCAACUUCUGGCCUAGGCAUGACAGUGGGCACCUUCCCCCAGCACUGCUGGGCCCAGCGCCUGUGUUCUGUGUUAGAAAGGUUUUAUAUAUAUAUAACUAAACACACAUACACACACACAUAUAUAUAUAUAAACACAUGUGAUUUGGGGGCCCUGUUCCUUGCACAUCUUACAGUUACCUCAUUUUUCCCAUGUAUGUAUUUGAGAAAAUGCUAAUAUAUAGAGACAAAUGGUUCUUAAAGCUUAAAUGUGUGGUUUUUCCAUCCCAUUGGACUCACAUUGGUUUGUAGCAUUUAAUAUAACUAGUAUGUUGUAUUAUAUAUGUGUAUACAUUUAACAUAACUAGUAUGUUGUACUAUAUAUGUGUAUACUGAUUGAAAUUUUUAACAGAUUUGUACUUUUUUUAAAAUGAAAGUUGCUAGUUCUGCUUGACCAAGUAGUGCAAUCAUUAUUUUUUUUAAUAUUGUUGCUGAUUUCAGAGGGAUAUUCACUAAUAAAUGUAUGAUGAAUACAAGUGCUGCCCAAGC